AUGGGUUCUUGUUUUGCAAGUAAACACUAGGAAGAGGCAAACAAAAGACAUUCAUCUAAAUUAAAAGUAAUCAUCCCCAAAAAUUAAUUGCUGGAGAGUAUAUAUUCGAGUCUAUAUGUCAGCAGACCCUGUUUAUGCAGAAAUGCCUUUUGAUCAAGGAGAUUGCUUUCAACUGAAUAAGAACCUAUUUAAGGAUGAAUACAGUAUUAUUGACCACAACCCAUUUCUGACUACUGAAUACGGAAUUUAUCAGUGGUACUAUUGCAAAAAAACAGAUUCUCGAAAGUUAGUUAAAACUAUAAAAAAGUCAACUGAUCCAAAAUCGGAUGAGCCAGUUUUGAUGCUAAAUAACAUACACACUAUGCAAUACUUAGUAAAUUUAAUGUAAAAGCAAGGAUCAUCCAAAUAUUGCCAAAAUGAUGGAAUAUUUCAAUGAAGCUGAAUACUACUACAUCAUUUAUGAGGACUAUGUAGGUGGCAAUCUCCUUAGCAAGAUGAUCAACAAGGGAGGAAACCCAGAACAAAUGGCUGCGGUCAUUAUAGAGUAAGUGUUAAGUACCUUUGUAUAUUUACAUUCAAAAAAUAUCAUUUAUCGUUUUCUAAGUAUUACAUUGUGAAAAUUAUUAAUUUUAAGAUCAUAACGCCCUUUUCUGUGAUGAUUAACUUACAAUUACGUUUUUGGAAUUCGGAGCAGCCAAAAAAAUUCAGCAUCCUAUCCAAUUACCAAUUGGAGAUCAACACUAUCAAUCUCCAGAGAUGAUUAACGGAUUUUAUAGUUUCAAAACUGAUAUCUGGUCAGCUGGAGUAUUGUUGCAUUUUCUGCUUUCUGGAGCAAUGCCUUUUGAUGGCAUUAUGACAUAAUCAAUUAAAAAUUCAAUCAUGAGAGGCAUUGUCAAAUUGGAGGAUACAUUUGAUUGGGAUAAAAUCCCAGAGGCCAGAGAAUUCGUACAAAAAUUAUUAAACUUUUCAUAAAAUCACAGACCCUCUGCAUCAGAUGCUUUAAAGGAUAGAUGGAUUGUAAAAGCAAAACAAAAAAAGUAAGCAGUGAAAAUGAAUCCUGCAUUAACAAAUCUUCGUAAAUUUUAGAAAUGUGAGGUCUUAGUGGAAGCCAUUAUAAUGUAAAUAGUAUAAAUGACUCUAACUUAAGACCAAAAGAGAGAGAUCCUCUAGGUAUUUUAAGAAUUUGACACUAACAGAGAUGGUAAGAUUUCCACUUAAGAACUAAUUGAAGGUACUUAUUUGAUUAUAGAUAGAGGAUAUAAAAAAUAUUAAACAAGUACAAAAUUGGAGGAUAAAGACAUUGAGAAAUUGGUUUAAAAGAUUGAUUCAAAUGGAAAUGGCUAUCUAGAUUAUACAGGUAUGUGAAUCAUCUAUCAUACAGAAUUCUUACUGGCUUGUCAAGACAAGAAGAAACUAUUGACAGUGGAGAAAUUGAAAUUAGUCUUCGCUUAAUUGGAUGUAGAUAAAGAUAAUGCAUUGUCAAUGAUUGAAAUGAGAAGAAUCUUUGGAGGCAAUAGAAUCAGUGAUAAGAAUUGGUCAAACAUUCUACGCAAAAACAAUUUGUAGCAAAAAACUGUCUUAUCUGAAUAGGAGUUUUUGGAAUUCAUAAUCAAAACUAUAUAAAAUGAUCAUUCCUUCUAAUGA